AUGGAUUCUUUUGCGGUGUCGGAGUUUCUCGAUCAUUCUUUGUUUCAAGGCGGUGGCAAUGACGGGUUUUCGCCUUAUUCCGAGGCGGAAACCGGAACGGCGAAACCCCCCCACGAGGAGAAUCUUCUUUGUUCCCUUCAUCAUAACCCUAAAACCGACUUGAACCCUAUUUCUCAGCGAUGUAGCCAUUACAGUGUCAAUACGGCCGAUCCUUCCGCAUCGUUCCAUGACGUUUCCAAGUGUUUUCUCUCGGGUUUCGAUCAAAUUCACGGUCAGAACAGCGUUUUCUUUCCCACGGGCAUUGCUAAUCCUCACGAUGUUGAUGCAAUGUGUUCCCAUGUUGGUGGAGCUGUUGAUAUGUGUAACGGUCUUGCCUUAGAGAAGGAAAUGCCGGUGAAGAGGAAGUUUUACGUGCACGAGAAGAACGUCCUCGAUCCAUCUGAAAACGUCACCAGGAAUAGAAUCCGAGUCACGAGAGACGUUGGAUCAGAGGGACAAAGCUCGAGCAGUUACAGCUCCGAGGAAGAACACUUCGGUCAAGAAACGAAACCAUGUUUGGCUACGAGAGCGGCGAGAGGCAGUGCCACCGAUCCACAAAGCCUAUAUGCGAGGAAACGAAGAGAGAGGAUCAACGAAAGGCUGAGGAUAUUGCAGAGCCUUGUCCCCAACGGAAACAAGGUCGAUAUCAGCACGAUGCUCGAAGAAGCCGUCCACUACGUGAAAUUCUUACAGCUUCAGAUAAAACUCCUGAGCUCGGAUGACCUGUGGAUGUAUGCUCCUCUUGCUUACAAUGGAUUCGAUAUGGGUCUCCACAUGAAGAUCUUUUCUCAGUUCAUGCGAAAAUAAGGAGAAUGGAAUUUUCUCACCCAUUUUCCCUUUUGUAUUUUCC